AGCAUGAUUGAAUGUAAUGUGCCAAAUCUUCGGUGCCGUUUCCCUAGUAAGCAUCCUUAUUUUAAUUUUAAAUGGGCAAGCCGUAGAGAUGGCCUGAUUGCUUUAAACACUGAAUGCCCUUCACAUUUCUAAUUUGAACCACAGUGAUUAGCAGUCUUUCAGAGCUGAAAAAAUGAACUGUCAGUGGGAGCACUGAGGGCUUAACCCUAUCCAGACCAGCCAUUUCUAAAGAGAACCUCUGACCAUAAGCUCUGGAUAUUGGAGAGCCUGUGGUUUCACACCCCUGCCCUAAACAUUGCUGUAAAUUAAAUAUAAUUCUUUUAUCCAUUUCUUUCUUGAUAUUUGCAAAUUAUAUUAUUCACCAGCGUUCCCCUAUUCUAUCUAAUUUAAAUUAUCAAGACUGAAUCUUAAUUCUUUCUCUUAUUAUUCCCAUUCCAAUAAUUUGAAGUCCAACAAACCAAAGAGCGGCAAAGCUGGAGGCUGCAUUGAACUUAUGACUUCACCUCCCUCAAUGCCUGCAUGCUACACCCUCAAGCACUGUUCUGGAUUAAAUGAUUCCUCAUAAAUUCCAAGGCUAGUAAUGAAGUUGCCGAAAGUUGCAGAGGAGAGGACAGUUCAAGAUCUUCGCUGAAAAUGAGUACAGAAAGUCUGCGGUGGGAAAGGUAUUUCCUGGAUGUGACCUUUAAAGCAACAGCUGGGGGGAAGGAAAAAGUCCUAGCAUGAUACCAUCCUGUGGAUCAGCAGGCCAGUUGUGUUCAUUUAUCUCUCAGCUGGAAGUCUGUGUAGGAAAAUGGCACUCCAGGUAGUGAAGAACUUUAUGAAGAACGAUCUGGGACCACACAGAAGAUUGCUAGGGGAGGGGGAGCUGAUGAACCAAAAGUCAGCUGGCAUUUUUUAAAAAUGAAGCAAAUCCUUAUGAAUUUGCACAUUUUGGAGCCUCUGACUUACUGCAGCAUGAGUAACUAAAGAAGAUAAACAAGAGCAAAAAGAUUGCGGCAUGGAGUACCGCCUCCACUCAUAGUUCAAACUUAGAAUGCUCAGUUUUCAGUAGGCUCUAUUUGUGGGGGUACAGUCUGCUUUUUUAAUGGAUAGAUUUUGUAUUUUGCAAACUUUGGGGUUUCCUGACUGGGCGAAUACUUCUCACUUUUGUGUGGGUGGCAAAGUGGCAUUCAUAUCCUGAACAUUAUCAACAGAGAGAGUGAUAAAAUGUGCAUGUAAUUUUCACAGGUCGUUUUUGCCACAUAAGAGAAUAGGAUCAAUACUAGUGUAUAUGAUCUGGGCCAGUUCUGCAAAUAUGUCUGUCAUUACCAUGUGUUCUUAAUGAAGAUAAGACCUCUACCUUGUUUUGUCAAAGCAGAAAUAUGGAAGUCCCUGGAUUUUAAAAGUUAAGAACGAGGUUGUGAAUGUAGUAGAACAGGAAUAGCCAGUUUGGGACUCUUCGCAGAUUCUUGGACUACAACUCCCAUCAGCGUCAGCCACCAUGGCCAAUGGUCAGAGAUGAAGGGAUUUGUAAUCUGACAUCAUCUGAAGGGCACCAUGUUGGCUAUCCAUGUAAUAGACUGAAGAGGGGGGGAAACUACAGUACUCAAAACUCAAAACCAGCGCUUGGGCAACUGUGGACAAUGAAAAUAUAAACAAGAAACAUAUAACACAAUUCAAGACCUUGUUAUAUCAACCACUCAAUAAUCUCAGUGGAGCGGUUAUGCUAGGUAAUAUUUGUUUAAAUUUAUUUUUAAACCAGUAAAAAAAAAAAAAUUCAGACAGAAUAAAGCACUGCCAUUGGAGAGGCAGGGGAUGGCAUUGCUUUGCAGCCUAAACCCAGCCUGUAGGACAGGGAUGUUGUUGUUGUUGUUUAGUCGUUUAGUCGUGUCUGACUCUUUGUGACCCCAUGGACCAGAGCACGCCAGGCACUUCUGUCUUCCACUGCCUCCCCCAGUUUAGUCAAACUCAUGCUGGUAGCUUCGAGAACACUAUCCAACCAUCUCAUCCUCUGUCGUCCCCUUCUCCUUGUGCCCUCAAUCUUUCCCAGCAUCAGGGUCUUUUCCAGGGAGUCUUCUCUUCUCAUGAGAUGGCCAAAGUAUUGGAGUCUCAGCUUCAGGAUCUGUCCUUCCAGUGAGCGCUCAGGGCUGAUUUCCUUAAGAAUGGAUAGGUUUGAUCUUCUUGCAGUCCAUGGGAACAUCAAACCCAUGAACCAAAAACAUCCCUCCAGGCCUCUCUAUAUGACCCUCAGGGCUCUCCCCAGGGGACAUACCUUCCCCAUGAUUCCUACUGGACUUGUUUUUCACCUCCCUUGAGUGUUUUUGACCUCUUUGAAAUGUGCCCUAUACCCUGAUAAUGCCUCUUGCUUGUCCCAGUGGAGAAAAGACAGGUUGUAGGUGUCUGUAGAAACAAGGGGGAAAUUUACAUUUGUUGUUCUGCCCAUGUUCACUUCUGGUUUUGCCCACCACUAGCAUGUGGCCCCUGGAAUGUUGACCAGAAGAGAAUGUGGCCCCCAGGCUUAAAAAAAUGUACUUUAUACCUGCUGGAGGGUGACAGCUAGUCUUUCCUGAUCAAACUCGAAUGGAAAAAUGUGUAUGAGGAGGAAGUAGAAUUAUGAGGGGUCCCGUCUGAGCUAGGCUUGAAAAUCAUGAGCAUGUUUUAACUGUCUGCACUAGAGAAAAGGUGAAGAAAUGAAAGAGAGGUAUCUUCGGGUAGCUUCAUGAACCAUGUAGUGGUGACUUGCUUCUGGAGGCAGAAUAGAAAAGGCCAGCCCUUCAGGUAGGUGGAGUGAACCACUUCCUGCAGUGGAAGAAGCUGUCCUAUUGCCAGAGUCCAAGUGGAACCCAACUUCUCAUCCAGCUGGUUUCUGUAUAUGGAAUGUGGUGGUUAUGGGGAGAGGAGCCAUGUUCUUCUUCACUUUAGGGAGCCAAAUGAUUUAGGUUGGCCCUAGAAAGAAGACUUCUUAAAGCAUUGGCUGUAUCAGGCAGAGGGAGCCAUUAAGCUCCGCUUUAGGCAGGAAACGGACUUGGGCAAGUACCGAUGAAGGCUGAAGUGACUGCAGCAUUAGUGCUACAUUAAGAAGCAAACAGCCUUCCUUUAUUCAGGAAACUUUUAAUCCAGACUGACCAUUGGGCAGCCAGUGAAAUUAAGGACACGGACUUGAAAGAACAAUGUUGCCACCAGACCUUACCCUGAUGUCCUGCUCUGCUUUCCGCACGGAUAAUUGCCUGCUUGUAAAAGUGACAAGGAUAAAUGUCAUUAGUCCCAAGUUCUGAAGCAUGUCAAGUUGAAGGAUAAUUUUAGCCAGGGCUGAAGAUGUCUUUCCACUGCCCUUGCCUUCUGGGAGUUGUAUGGAGGCAAGUGGGUCAACUAUCACCAACAAUCCAUGGGAUAACUUGAAUAUUGCGGUCUGCCAGGAUUCCUGAUGGAGUAAGAGCUCUCUUUGUGGGACAUCCCUGGGAAAAGUAAGGUUCGUUAGCUGUAGGGAGCAGGAGGACAAAUAGAACUUCCCCACUGCUGAUGAAGCAAGGGGGAGAGAGGGACACAUGCUUCCAAAGCAAUCUCUGCCCUGACUGUAGUACAUAGAGAAGGGUUGGAGAACAUCUGUCAGGAGUCACAUUCACUCAUGGAUAAUCCAGGCAAGCGAGAUUCAUUAUCCCAGCUCAAUGACACUUCCAUCCAGGCAAAAGCAUUCAGUGAGGAUGUGAAGCAAGGCUUCAUGAUGACCGGUGUGGCCAGGGGAAAGAGGGUGAGGUUGCACAGGGUGUGAAAUGAAAUUUAUUGUUACGGUCAGAGACCAGAUUGUGAAACACAAAUGGAACUACAAUCCCAAAAGCAAAACAAACAUUUAAAACAAUAUACAGUGGUACCUCGGGUUAAGAACUUAACUCGUUCUGGAGGUCCAUUUUUAACCUGUAACUGUUCUUAAACUGAAGCACCACUUUGGCUAAUGGGACCUCCCGCUGCUGCUGCGCCGCUGCUGCACGAUUUCUCUUCUCAUCCUGAAGCAAAGUUCUUAACCUGAGGUACUAUUUCUGGGUUAGCAGAGUCUGUAACCUAAAGCAUCUGUAACCCAAGGUACCACUGUACAACAAUGGAAUUUAAGUUUAAAAAUGUGGUGGGCAUAUAAACACAUAAAAACUUUAAGAUAGACUGCCAUAGAGAAAUGACCGAGAGUCACCUGUGGAUCCGAUUUUGGGAAUUUGCGUGUCCCAGGUAGAGGAGAGAGUCAGAUAGUGAUAGUCACUCAGGUAGACAUAGACAAGGGAUGUAUUUUGGUAGUACAGCACAUGUGCUUUGCCCACACAAACAUUUUAGUUAGGAUCCCUAGGUUCAUAUAGGGCAGGGAAAGAAUCCAGAAUGGAUCUUCUGCCAGUGAGGAGAUGAGCCCAUUGAUUCACUCUUCUGUUUCUAUGAGUGACAGAUGUGCAGUUUUAUUUUUUAAGGUACACAUCACUCUUCCCCCUGCUCCUCAAUGCACCAGUGUACCCCGCCAUGAAGCAAUAAUAAUAAAAAGACACAUACAUCAACUUUCAGACUUCUGAAACAACUUUCCGGCCUCUAGAAGUCGCAAAUUAACCAGCUUAAUUUCCCUAAAAACUGCAUAGUCAUAUCCAUCAGUUUCAUCCUGCUGUCUUGUAAUAAUGUAAUAACCAGUACUGGCUGCCUUGGUCUCUAAGGCCUGGCAGCUUCAUCGCUUGCUCAGCCUCUGUAGUAUUAAAGCUACAAUUCAGACUGAAACCCCAAAAUGAAACACAUGUGAUUUAAAAUCUGUGCUCAUGCUGGUUUGCCACCUGCUAGCCAAUCUACUGCAGCAGCAUCCUUUCCUCUCUGGCAAGGCGAUUUGUAAAUGCAGGAGAUCCUUUCAAUUAUUUUUAUCAUUAUUUGGUUCCUACUUCCAUAUAUGCUUCCUUGGUAGAAGAGAGAGAGAAAAGAAAUGUAUCUAUGAGCAGGAAUGCUUGUCCUUGUCUUAAUGUGCUCACUGCACAAAGGAUAACCUGUGGUCACUACAAUCUGGUAUCUCAUUUCUAUUAGUAUGCUUGUUCUCCUUUUCCUCCUCCCCCAUUUUUUUCAAAAAAAUAUUACAAAUACAGAAGAGGUGGAGGGUUUCCCCUGCUUUCAUUUUAUGCAAAUACUUUCAAUAUUUUUUAUGACAUUGUGCACCAGUAUUCUUCCCCAUUCUGUAUAGAGUCCAAUGCAUCCAUUGUGUCGCUCUUUUGCAUAACUGAUGAUAUCGUAUUUGCCAAGAUAAACACUUAGCAGUAGAUGGGGGAAAUUAAUUGACUGCAAAUGUCAUACACUGGCUGAAAAGUAGAUAGAAAAGAAGCAUGUAUCAUCUGCAUAGAAGCCAUCUCUUCUCCCUACCACCACCUGCUGCCCCACAGAUGUAGCGCAGGAGGGGAUUGGCAUGGGCUUCCAUGGGACCCUUUUUCAUGUUUCCCUGUUGGUUCCUUACUGUAUUCCUUACUAUGUGUGCAUGCAUAGGCAUGGAUCUCAGUAAUAAUGGUAAAUAAUUUCAACAGAAGGUGUGUGUGUGUGUGGGUGUGUGUGUGCGCGCGCCAAAAGCUAGCUCAGCUACAGAGCCAACCCAGGCGAUUGCUUUGGGUGCCACAGUUCUGAAGCAACCUAUCUCUGCUAUGGAAAUAAUCACUGUGUACAGUUUAACAGCUUGUUGGCUGGGUGCUAGCCUUUGUAGUCUGGUCAGCAUGACUGAGACCAUUCAAAUCUCCAUAAAGUGUCCAGACAUAAGCCCAGUUUCCAUGUAACGCUAAGGCAAGCCAUGAUUUAGUAUGGACACAUAAGCAUAUGGGCUUGCAAGAGAGGAGGUCACAACCUUCCUUUGGUCCUCCUGCUGCUGCAUGAUGGCACAACAUGAUGGCCUAACCUGGGCUCAUGAUUUGUCUCCUCCAAAUAGUACAAAGCCAUAAGACAAACCUUGGCUGUAGCUUGUGGUUUAUCUGGAGACAAUGAUGUUUCCCCCAGGAUACGCUAGCAUUGCAUGUGAAAAGAGAUUUCAACAUAGGGACACAUUCAAAGAUGCAAUCUAUGGCAUGUUUUUUGAGGUGGUGCCUCCUGUCUUCAGUAUUGCUGCAAAGCAGACAGAGGGGAUUUUGAUUGAUAAGGGGGAAUUAUGGCUGACCUUUGCUGUGGAUGCGGCAAGACUGAUACCUGUGGUACACUAGCAAAUGAAAGAGCCUGUCCCUUUCUGGGAGCCCAUAUGCUCUCAGAUGGAAGAUGGAAUAACAGAAGGCCCAAAGCUACAGGGUUGCAAGGGAUCCCACUGGAAAAAAUGAUGGGUGGAAAGGCCAGCAGCUGAUGGUUAGAAUGGGGGGUGGGAGCAGCAGGCAAUUUCAAUCAGGUGCCAGAACUCUUUGAGAGAGAGGUCAAAUCAGACCCCAAGUGUGAGGCAGCUGGUAAGUGUAGCCUGAUGAAUUAGAGGACCACGCAAGCUACAAGUCCAGACAGGAUGACUGAUGAGUGGCUUGUAAUCACAUACAGGAUUUGAGUAUGGCAAGCCAGUGUUGAGGAAAAUACACCAUACACAUUCUUAAGAAUGCUUGGAAGAAUAGCUGGGUUGUGUAUUAUAUAAAGUAUGCACGAGACAAGGCAGUAUCCUGCAGUUGCACUCAUCAGGAAGCACAAUUUAGUAACUUUUUUGUUAUAUUUAUAUUCUAACUUUCCUUUAAAAAUGCUGACAGCAGCUAACAACAUCAAAAUCCAGAUAGAUAGAUAAGUACAGUGAUUUGGGGGGGGGGGGCGCAUACCCCUAAACAUUUUGUGAACCUUUGUACUUUUGUCCAUUUACUGUAUUUAUUUUCCCCAGUUUGAACUAUAAAAUGGUGAUUUUCUUGAGUCAAAAUUAGAGUACCCCUAUUAUUAUUUUUAUUUUUUUAGGAAAAAAAGCACUGGAUAAGUAGAUAGAUAAAAUAUAGGACCAGGUAAAUACAAACAAGUAAGCAAAUUGUCUGUGUUUCCUCUUAUAUAAUGUAUGAAAUGACCCUAAAACUUCCACCUAAUACCCAACAGAGGAUAUUCAAAUUUAAUGGCAUGCCUUAUACUUCUGAAGCAGACAGCUGCGGACUGAUCUUUGAGGGUGGUUUUUCUGUUAUUCCCUUUGCAAAAGUGUUAGGGCUGAGUGAAGAUUAACCCUCUUCAGGUCUCCGUUUGUAGUUUAUGUAUGUAGCAGCACAUUUUGGCUGGGGAGUGGGGGAAGGAUGCAUUAUUUGGGAAGGAAGGCUCACCACAGCUCCCUCACGGCUCUGCUAGAUUAAUGGCCACCAUCCUCCUCCCAGAAUGCCCCUUGGAAUGAACAGUUAUGGUGGCAAUUGACCCAACAAUUGGUAUGUUUCAUCAGGCCCUCCCCAAAUGCAAAAGAGAGGAAUGAGUUUUGGCCCCACUUUUACCUUAACCUCCUCCCAAAAUUAGAGACAAACUAUAGGAGGUCUGAGGGACGCAGGUGGUGCUGUGGGUUAAACCACAGAGCCUAGUACUUGCCGAUCAGAAGGUUGGCGGUUCGAAUCCCUGCGAUGGGGUGAGCUCCCGUUGCUCGGUCCCUGCUCCUGCCAACCUAGCAGUUCGAAAGCACAUCAAAGUGCAAGUAGAUAAAUAGGUACCGCUCCGGCGGGAAGCUAAACAGUGUUUCCGUGUGCUGCUCUGGUUCGCCAGAAGCGGUUUAGUCAUGCUGGCCACGUGACCCGGAAGCUGUACGCCGGCUCCCUCGGCCAAUAAAGCGAGAUGAGCGCCGCAACCCCAGAGUCGGUCACGACUGGACCUAAUGAUCAGGGGUUCCUUUACCUUUAUAGGAGGUCUGAAAGCUUGGCCCAACCCCUAAUAUUCAGAGAUACUAACAGAAUCUACAUCAGGGAUAGCCAAUGUGGUGUCCAUCAAAUGUUGUUGGACUACAACUCCCAUCAGCCUUAGUUACCAUGGCGAAGUUCAGGGAUUAUGGGAGCGGCAAUGUAUUUGGAGGGCACCACAGUGGCUACCUAUUUGUAUCCAAGUCUCCUUUGUGAGUGGGGGAUGCAAUGUGUGAAAUAUGGCUACAGGAGUACUAUGGCUAUAUUUCUGUUGAAUGUUGGGUGACUCCUCAAAAGAUUCACCUGUUACCCACCCACAUCUGUUGCCCUGGGUGCCUUAUAUCCCUCUAAGUGAACGCUCAAUUGCAGAAUAGAGAAACCCUCUUUGAGUACAGAUAAUCAACACCGAAUAUUGAAGUUGGGUCCUGCGAUGGAGUGCUGUAAAACACUGGCUCAAACAGAGUCCCGAUUUUCUGCAUAAAGCACUAAAGUUCCUCUCAAUAACAUAACACUUUCAAAGAUCUUCAGAUUUAGAAGCCAAUUAGAGUAUGAGUGUAGUGAUUGCUAAUAGUGUAUUAACAUGCGCCAUUCAAUCAAAACUGGAUUUAUAUUUGCAAAUGUACCAUCAACACAAAUGGAUGGGAGAGAACAAUGUUUGAUGCUCUCAUUCUCUCAGUUAAUGAGGUGAGAAGAAAACACAGAGCAAACAACUGUGCAUCAUUUGGAAAUAUCCAUUAUAUUAUCUUGGUUUCUAUGAAUAAAUCUAUUGAAUGCCUGGAAUACAGCAGAGCAGGGCCACAGAAGUCAUGAUAGCCAGCUUGUUACUACUAAUAUAGACCUGAUCCUGCAUGAGGUUAAUAAAGACCAAGGGUGGUGUCAGGCUGCAGCCCAGUGUAUAUUUAGGUUGCUAUGUCUCAUUGACUUAAUUGGCUUUUAAGCAGCCUAUGUGUGGAAUUCAAGCCAAAAGCAUUUUUCACUCCCGACUUUGUUGCAAUAACUUUGUUCCACUGGUGGUGAGGUAUGGGAACCAGUGGUCGACUCCAGCUUUGUGAAUGGUUUUAUUGGCUUAGCACUAUAGUCCACUUCAGCUGUUCUACUAAUGUUCGAAACUGACACAUGAAUAAGGAAAGCCGGGGUGACUCGCAGUCCCCCAUCACAAUUUCUUCAUGAAUCACAGGGCAAGUAUCUGCGGUGAGGAGUCUUUUGUACUCAAUGGCUGUUCUCCAUGUGAUUUAGAACCUUGAGCUCCUGGGUUCUGAAUCUUGCAGAGAGGUCUCCAUGGCUCCAGAAGGAUUCCAGCUUCAUAGGUUUGUUCUCCAAUUCAUGGGUGGUAGAUGGUGAUGGAGGAAGAAUUUAGGAAGUUCAACCCUGUCUCACCCACUUGCAAGGGUUUGUUUGUUUCACCAAUAAGUAGAAUAGAUGAAGUGGGUUUAUUCACCUGGCAAUGCUCAGUGACAUAAACAUUUCCCUAAAACAGACACACCCCAUAGUGAAGUAUUCCUUCUGCUCUUGUGAAACAUCUGUAGGAAGUUCAAGAGAAGUUUUGCAGUAGUUUUAUGUUAUGGGGAGCAACCCCAGCUCAGUGGCAAAGCAUAUGCUCUGCAUACAGAAAGUUCCAGUUUGAGACCCUGAUAUAUCCAGUUUUUGAGAAGGAUCUGGUACCAGAUGACAUGAAAGACCUCUUCCUGAGACUGUGAAGAACUACUGUCAGAGCAGAAAAUACUCGGCUAGAUAGAUUCAUAGUCUGAUCUGGUUCAUUCAGCAGCUUCCUAAGAUUUUCUAGGGGUUUUUUAAUCAGUACUUAUAAGACAGGGAUGUCCAACAGGUCGAUUGUGAUCUACUGGUAGAUCCCUGUAAGGUUUUGGCAGAUCACGGUUGACCUCUGGCUCCCUUUCCUUAGCGUUGCUAAAACUGACUCCAGCCAUGCCCCCAAAAAACAGAACUUGCCCCCCCAAAGUUUUAUUUUAAAGCCCUUAAAAAAUGGGGCCUUCCCCAUCCCUAAGAAAAGCUCAACAACUUUGAGCUGAACCCAAAAACCGGGGCUUUCCUUCCCCCAAAAAAGCUCAAGAACGUUCAGCUGAACUCCAAAAAGGCGGGGGUAGAUCACUGCCAGUUUUUAAUUCUGAAAGUACAUCACAGUCUCUUGAGAGUUGGCCACCCCUGCUUUUAGACAAUAAACCAGUAGUGGAUAGUGAUGUGAUGCUGCUUACCUGACCUCCCAUCAUGGUCAUCAGUGGUGCAGGUGAGGGGUAAGGUGGUGGCAAGGUUGGUGCAGUGCAAACACACCAGCAGAGCCAAUUCAGUGCUCCAGCUGGUGCGCUUACAUCAUGCAAAGAUCGCCACUUCUUUGCCCCUCCCCAAACACCACAGCUUGAUCGGAGGUCAAGUCAGUGCAGGCAGUUAAUAUUUGUUGUGAAUUCAUACAAUGUAACCGUUGGGAGAUGUUAUGCAAUCAUUUUCUAGGAAAAAGCCAUGGAACAUUUUCAUUAAACUGAAUUGAUUUUUAUUUUUAUUUUUUUGCUGUGGGGGUGGGGAGGGAUGCUUUGAGGCUGUAAGUGGGAGGGGAAAUAAGUGAAAAUGGCAUUCCCUCCUCCUCCAUUACUGGAUGCCUCCUGCUGGUGCAUGAGUACUAGAGAGACCAAUUUGAUUCCACUCAGAAUAAUACAUCUUUUAGCAUCUGAUGGAACCGUGGGAAAUUUGCUGGAGCUACAUGGUUUCCUGAGGCAUUCUGUGGCUGGCUCAGUUAAGAAGAAUUGCUCAAAGGGCAUUGUGCAGCCUUCCUGACAACAGAGGAAAAUUAGUAAUUAUGUGGGGGGAAUGAGAGAGAAGAGAAACUGUCCUGUCAUUGUUGGCUGAGCUACCAAAAUGUGUUAACUGAGCUACCAAAAUGUGUUAACUGUGUCUGUUAAAAUGACACUCUCUUCUCAUGACAUUGGAUUUUAUUUAUUUUUUCAUAUUCUAAUGCAUUUUAUUUGAUGCCUUUAGAACGUUAAUGGAAUGAAAGCCUGAGUUAUUACUUAAAAAAAAAAAAAAUAAGAACACAGCUUUGAUCUGUUCUUUUUGCCCAAGGAAAUCAAAGCACUUUAAAAUAUUUAUUCUGCCUCUCUCGACUCUUCUUUUGAAGACAGUUACCCAAAUCCCUGAAGGCAGAGUACAUGUCAAGGUAAAUUCAACUGGUAUUUGUCUCUCAUUGUUGUUGUUGUUUUUCAUUGGUAUUCUAAUGAUUGAUAAUUAGGGGAGGAAUCAGAGCUCAUCAUCUGAAUGAGAACUGUGUAGAUGAAGGAUGGAUCUGAAGGCACAAGGGACCAUCUGGCCAUUAAGACCACAGAUGCCAGAUUCUUCUCCAGCUGUGAAAGAGGAUGGGCUUUCAGUCUGCCAACUGCUGGGAAGAUUGCUACUGUGUCUCAGACUAAGUUAAAAUGGCAAAUCAUGGGUCUUGUGGCUAUGCUGAACCCUCUCUGAAGUUAGGCUGAACUUUCUUGGAUUUGUCUCAUUUCCCCCACCGACAGAACAUGCCCACCCUCCCACACCAUUCCUUGUUUGUCUUUCCCUGUCACCACUGCUUUUCUAUUCCCUUCCCUCCCAGCUGCUGCUGCUGCUUCUACUGGAUGCCUCACUCAGUGGCUUCAUCUUUCCUCCUCUUCCUAAUUGUAAUUUUCUGAGAUUGUUAAUUUGGGGUUUUCAUCAGCUGUACGCCAUAAUCAUCACAAUUAUAACAAAUAAAGGCUUGGCAUAUCUGUCUUUGCAUGUCAUGAGUCUAUCUCAUAUAUUAGUUUCACCUGUUAAGUUGAAUUACUGAAAUAAAUGAACUUUUCCACGAUAUUCUAAUUUUUCGAAUUUCACCUGUAGAGCAAAGGUAGUCCACAUACCAGUUUCUACUAGUCUUAAUGGGUGCCAGGCAGUGCCCCACCAACCUCACUCUUCCCAUUUUCCUACAUGCAACCAAUCAAAGGGAUGGCACUCUCUAUUGGAUUCCUUCUUACUCGCCCUUGAAGAACAUAGCAGGGAGGGUGGUGACAAAACUAGAAUUAGUUGCCUUAGCUUGUCAAUGGUUCUGGCUCCACUUACUGUUUGUCUCCCUGCCUUCUGCCCUACCAGUCUUAAUGGGCACCAGCCACCAAUCCCUUCAGAUGUUGUUGGAUUAAAACUCCCACCAUCCCUGGCUACUGAUCAUGCUUUAGUUGACGUGUGAAAGGUUUCUACCCACAUACUGAUUCAGAUGUGUAGUGCUCCUUCAUUCAAGGGUCCCUGGUUGAUUCUGGGCACCGGAGGUGUGGCCACCUGAUUCUUACAAUGUAUUGGAGAUUCCUCUGGACUAAAUGCCAUACUGGUUAUUAUCAGCUAAUGCUGUAAAUAUUUAGCAUGGAGAUUGAUUAUGAUUUAGAUUUUCUUUUCUUUUAAAGCUUGGUGUCAUUUCUGACAUCUACAGGUUAUUGAUGAUGAAACUUUCCAGCAUGCCCUCUCUGUUCUGAGUAAUUUUAUUCCUGGUAGUUCUGGCCUGGAUGGGCUUUAUCCUGGAACUUGUGUUGUACUCCCAGAAUCCUCAUGACAUGAGCCUUCUCAGAAUUAUGCAGAAUGUGCCUUUCCCUCCUCAUAUGGUGCUGGUGGCAGCAGCUGGCUGUGUUUCUGUCUGAGCAUUGUACAUUCAACACACACACACACACACACACACACACACAAACAUUAUCUUUUCAACAAAUGUGCAUGGCCCCUGCUUUUAUAUAAGCCCUUAGCUACAUCUCUGAAAAAUCGGUUCAUAGAUUUUUACGUCCAUUUCAUUUUUACAGCGGUGGUGUUAUACAUUCUGCAUUUUCAAGAAUGGGCAGGGUUUAAAAAAUGUGAAUAAAUUUAUGCUUGGAAACUGGAUUUGGAGCUUUUCCAAGAUGUUUAGUUCCUGCGUUUUAAAUGUGUGUGUUCAGUGGCUUUCAUCAUAACAACUCCAUCUAGCAAAUCAACAAAUCUAGAGUCUCCAUAUAUGUUUAUGUCAGUGGGAGAACCAAUGUAGUUUACCUUUUACGUUAAAUGAUGAGGAGUAGAGUUAACCCAUAAAUGUAUUUCUGGAUAUUAUUAGUAAGUCUGAUAAACAAGUUGAAGUUCCUUGAGGAAGAGAAUUGCAUUGGACUGGAGAGGAUGCGAGGCUUAGAGACAAACUGUUUCUCAUCAAUAAGUCGGCAAUCCCUUGCUAAGAAGCUUUGCUUUUGAAACCCUCUUGGGGUUUACUAAAUGAAUUUAAAGCAAUACAGAUACCUCCCAAAUCCCACUAUGGAAUUCACAAGUAAGCCAAAUAAGCUGGAAAAAUUCUGUUAGUAGCAGAAGGCAAAGUAAAAUUAAUCAAAACUGGAGGGGAAACAUGUGCCAUGUAUGUUUUCUUCAGUUGUAUUUAACCAAUCACUGGAAAGAUCUGGAAAGGAAUAUUGUUAUAAAUAGGCUUAGCUUCUGCCUCCCUUGUGAGCUAGGACAAGUUCCCUUGUGCAAUUUACACAUGAGUGGUGUCAUCACCACUUUACCAGUUUGAACACAUGGAACUUCAACCCGUCUGUAUCUUAAAGGAGAAUGAGACCGUUUGAAGUUAGCUCCCUUUCUAGCAACUGAAUACCAUUAGCCAGAACAGAAGAGUUGGUGUGGUGGAGGUCGCUGAAGUCAAGGCUCAUCACACUGCUCCAGGUUUCUAAUUUAAGGAAUUUAUUAGAAAUUGAAGAGGAAAGCAAGUGUGAGAAACUGAAAUUGUACUGAAAUAAAAUAAAUGGCAUUUUCUAACUGACCCUUACACUUGAUUUAAGAAAGCCUAAAAUUAGUUCCAGUAACUCACAUAGAAAUGAUGCACCCUUCAGUGUGCCAAGGACAUGAACUCAGUUCUGGCAGGGAGGAGGCAGAGCUUUUUCCAGGCCAAAGCAAGUUUUAAAAAUUGCAAUUUUCACACUGUGUUUGAGCUUGGUUGGUAGGUUGGCAUGGGAGAAAAGUGAGUGACCAAUCAGAUUUGUUCUUAGACUUUUGAGAAUACUCACUCAGGAUGAGUGGCUGGGGCAACCCAGUCAGAUGGGCAGGAUACAAAUAAAGCAACCACCACAACAACAUUAAUUCACGGUACAAAGUAGAGCCAAAAGGGUGUGGCAUUUGAUGUGGUUUGGAGUUCUGAAGGCCAAAUAUACAGUCCUGGAGGGCUGCCUUUGGCCCCAGAGUCUGAGGUUCCCCACCCUUGAUUGAGUUUGUGGAAGUAAAUUAAUAGGUGUUGUCUCAUUACCUCCUUGCAGGAUAAGCAGAAAAUAUCACUUUGUGUUCUUUGAGGGGGUUGCUUUGUGGGUGACCUUCUGGAUGUGGAGACCUCCUGGGUAUGGGUGGGUUUUCAUAAAGGGAUGAAAAGAGGUGUUGGGAGGGAUGGCCAGUGUUGUUUCUUCUGGGGGGCUCAGGGGAACGCAUACCCCUAAACAUUUUGUGAAUCUAACUGGGAAAGGAAUCGGACGAAACUGGAAAAGGAUUGACGAUGGUGAAUCGUCAGUUCCUGUCACAGUGUUUCCUGAGUCUCAGAUGGAAUGAGUGUACCCCUAAACACUUUUUUAGAAGAAGAGGAAAAAGAAGAGGAGGAGGAGGAGGAGGAGGAGGAGGAGGAGGAGGAGGAAGAAGAAGAAGAAGAAGAAGAAGAAGAAGAAGAAGAAGAAGAAGAAGAAGAAGAAGAAGAAAGUACUGUGGGUGGCUAUUCUGUUACAACUGAGAAUGGUGGAAUGUAAGAAUUGUUCCUCUUCUUCCUGCAAUUCUUCAUCUUCUACAUCUAGAUCACCAAAUUAUUCAGCCCUGAAAAGUAUGAAGUGGGAAAAGAGAGCUGGGGGGGGGCACACCUGGCAACCAAUGUGCCCCUUUGGUUUCAGAUAGUACAUGUGUAGACAAACCUAAAAAGCUGCUCAUCCUGGCAGAUUUUGCCAUAAGAUUUUCUUGCCCCUGCCCCAUGCUAAUAGAGGAAGAAUGAGGGUUGAAAUUGAAUUGGAAUUAGUAUGCUACAGAUCCGAUUUUCAGGCCUAUAAGGUGGUGGUGGUGAAGACAUCUUUUUUCGUCAGUGAAAUCCAUGUCAUAGCUGUAGAAAUAACGGAGGACGACGCAGGAGUUGAAUGCAUGUGA